CGGGCCUGCGCCUCCCUGCCCCCAGACCCCAGUGGGCACCACCGAGCGCGGACCUCCAGCGCCUCCUAGAGCGGCCAGGGCGGCCAGAGUGGGCGGUGCACUUCCGCCCGUGCCCCUCGCCGCCUCGCUGAAGGCAGGGUCCCGGUGCCAGCCUGCGCCUCCCUCGGCUCCAGCCCCGGGCCUGGGGGAGUGGGCCGUACAUUUUGGCAAACAAAUCUCAUUGGGCUGCUAUGAGCUUCAAAUUGCAACACAUCAGGAUUCCAAUAAGGUGUUGUCCUUCUUUGUGUUGUUAAGAUCGAUUAGUGGACCUUUCUGUACAAAUUGCACCGCAGGAUAAAUAAUUCACUAAGGAAUCACAGAAGGAUGCCAGCUGAUUACUGCAGAUGAAAUGAAAGAACAUCACCUUUUGGCAACCCCCAAUAAAAUAAUGGAUCCUGGCAAUAAGCAUUAGUGACUGUUAACAUCAGAAAAAAAGACAGCCAGACAACCUGCACUUCCUGAUAGAAGUACCUGAUACCACUUACCAAGUAUUCUUGGAUGAAUAUUUAACAAGUGCUUGGCUGGUGGAAGAUGUCGAUGGAUGUGACAUUUCUGGGAACUGGCGCGGCAUACCCAUCCCCAACCCGGGGAGCCUCUGCUCUGGUCUUUCGAUGUGAGGGUGAAUGCUGGCUCUUUGACUGUGGGGAGGGAACUCAGACGCAGCUUAUGAAAAGUCAGCUUAAAGCAGGGAGAAUUACCAAGAUCUUUAUCACACAUCUGCAUGGAGACCAUUUCUUUGGCCUUCCUGGCCUCCUCUGCACAAUCAGCUUGCAGAGUGGCUCCACAGUCACCAAACAGCCUAUUGAAAUCUAUGGCCCCGCAGGACUUCGGGACUUUAUCUGGAGAACCAUGGAGCUCUCCCACACGGAAUUGGUCUUCCCUUAUGUGGUCCACGAACUGGUGCCUACAGAGGACCAGUGUCCACCAGAAGAAAUGAAAGAAUCUGUUAACACCAAUCGAGUUGACAACUCUCCCAACGAGGAGCAAGGAAGAACUAUCCUGUUAGACUCAGAAGAAAACUCUUACCUUUUGGUUGAUGAUGAACAGUUUGUGGUAAAAGCGUUUCGCCUCUUUCACCGAAUUCCCUCCUUUGGGUUCUCAGUCGUGGAAAAGAAACGCCCAGGUAAACUCAAUGCACAGAAACUGAAAGAUCUUGGUGUGCCACCCGGUCCUGCUUAUGGGAAGCUGAAAAAUGGCAUCUCUGUUGUUCUGGAAAAUGGAGUUACAAUUUCUCCCCAAGAUGUCUUGAAAAAGCCUAUCGUUGGAAGGAAAAUCUGCAUUUUGGGGGACUGUUCUGGGAUUGUGGGUGAUGGAGCAGUGAAGCUGUGCUUUGAAGCAGACCUAUUGAUCCAUGAAGCAACCCUGGAUGACACCCAGAUGGACAAAGCAAAGGAGCACGGACACAGCACACCACAGAUGGCAGCCGAAUUUGCAAAGCUGUGCCAAGCCAAGAGGCUGGUUCUGACUCACUUCAGUCAGAGGUACAAACCAGUUGCAUUGGCCAGAGAAGGAGAAACAGAUGGGAUUGUAGAACUAAAAAAGCAAGCUGAAUCGGUGUUAGAUCUCCAAGAAGUGACUCUAGCAGAAGACUUUCUGGUGAUUGGCAUUCCAAUUAAGAAAUGAAUCCAGUGUUCCUGAAAGCAUACUGUGAAUAUGUCUUUGAACCAACGGUCCCAUUUGUUGUUGUUAUUGUUUUUGGUCUAAAAUUAUUUGGGUCCUAAUAAUCCUAGAAAGGAUGGAGCUGCAUUAUUAAACUCACUCGGCAGCAAGAGGGAGCCAGGUUUUUGAUAAUAAAUGACUUAAAAAAGAAAUUAAAAGCCAACAGCAUUCUUCUUAAAGUUCAAAUUUGACAAAAUGAUAGCUUAAUCAGAUAAGCUUUUUGUUUUGUGGCUGCUGCCUCGAAUAUACACCAAUACUCCUUGUAAUUCUGGACUUAGCUUCUGCCCAGCUUUAUUGCUGUUUUUGGCAAAGUACACAAGGCUUUCAGUCCUCUUGGCUAAAAAUGGCAUUUUGGCAGUUUGUGUUGAAUCUGUUCAUGUUAUUAACAGGAUAGAGAAAAAUGUAAUGAGACAUGAGACAUGCAGGGUUAAAGCUGGCAUAUUAAACUUCAGAGUUUUUGCUGGAA